AUUCCAAACUCAUGUCGGGAGUGAUUGCUAAAUUUUCAAGGGAAAACGAUGACGAAUGAGUAGAAAGACACGAAACUCCGCACACAAAAAAAAAAUUGUAACUCGAAAUGAAUGUAUUAACUUCAUUGUCUCAAACUAUAUGAAUAUGCAAUCUGCCAAACAUCUUUGAGCGAGAAAAAAGUUAAUCGCUUGCUCUCGUUAACAAACAUCAAACCGCUAAUUGCAUAACAAGAGACUCGAACGAUCAACGUCACACCUCGUCGUCGUAGCUAAAGUAUUAGGCAGACUGAUUCACAUGGAUAUUGCUCGACUCGAAAGAAUAGAGUUUUGGAUUAAAUUGGUAUCCCAAGGUGGGGGAAUGGCCACAUCUAUCCAGCAAGAAUACACUUCACUCACAGCGUCAGCAGCCCACCUUUAAAUUGAUGGACUCGUAGUUUGCAUUCGUACACGCCUCUUCCCUUUUGUCACUUUCUCAUCGUACUAAAAUAAAGAAGAAGGGCCUUACUAUACUGAGUGAACAAAACUGCCACUCUGGAAACAGAACAGAGAGAGUCAGAGACAGAGUACUAAGUCGGAGCAGUACUGAGUUUUCCAUUCUUCCCUGGAAUCAUCCAGCAACAAGAAAGGAAGAGAGAAGCACCAAAUAGGUAAGCAAGUUCGAUAGUUCCUUGCUACUUUAUCAAGUCUUUGUAUAUGUACAGUUGCAUAUUUUUUAUUCCUCAAUAUUGAAAGUUGCUCCUUCAAAAUCCAUUUACUUGUUGGAUUGAACUCUACUCAUUCCCGUUUCGACUUGAUUCGAACUACGGUUUUAAAACUAGAACGGUCGACAUCGAGUUAAACCUCUUCCGUCAAUAAGUAAAAAAUUCAAUACGCAAAAGGAUUCGUCAACUGUUUCAUUGUUUGUUCAGUAUAAAUCUAUUCAUUGUAGAGUCUUGGUCUAAAACUACAAUUAGUGUUAUGAGCACUCCCAUUCUUUUUGAGUCCCACUGUUUGUUUGAAAUUGAAAUCUCCCAUCCUCACUCAGAACUGGGCAUCAUGUUUGUUUAAAAUAAUAGGCUUGACAUUCAGUCAUCAGUUCUUGACCAAACGGUACAAGAUUAAUAUGCGACAAUCAAGAUAUGUGCAGUUAUUUUUUCAACCAAAAUUCACUAAUUCUUGCUUCAAUUUAAACCAAAAACUUUGAAAAACCACAACGCUUACCUUCCGUUUAGAUCUUCUCAUUCUCAAAAGAUAUAGUAUACUAAAACCUUCUUUCUUUAUAUGAAAUCGGGUAUAAAGCACCACUAACUACCUCAUGAAAAAAAAAAAAAAAACACUAAUUCAACAUCCCAACAACAUCAUUCAAAAAAGCCAAUAGUUUCAGCCUGUCAAGAUGGCGAUGUGGUUGUGGUGUGGUGGAGUCCAACUUCAAGUAGGAGUUUCCUCGACCGUGUCGAAGGUUUCAUGCAAUGCCAAGAAUCCCUUUUUUCUUUAUGAACUAACCGACCUUUUAUUGCACAGUUACUACAGUUUAUAGCUACAGUGACAAUUUCCCAUUUGAGAUGGUAACUCAACUGUUGGGGCACGUGCCGUGUUUGAAUGAUAAUCCAUCCUGUAAUUUUAACUCCAGUUAACACAGACACUGAGGCGCUUUUAUUGGUCCAGCAAGCAAAAUUGGUCUCUUCAUCAACAAUUCACAAAUUUCCUUUCUAUGUUCCUUCAUAUUAUGCAAUAAAUCGGAAUCCUAUAUAUUCAGUUUUUUUUCUCACCACCCUAAAAGUCUUUCUGUGUUUAACAUUGCUACAUCCCCCCAUUCUGCCUUCAGAUCGUGGCUCAAUUCAUCCAACUUCCACUUCCACCAAAAAACUUCCACAGGGUUAACAGCAACGAAUGGGAGCCCUCAUGACACUAAUCGUGUUCUUCUGCUUGCCAUGUUCUAUUCUUCUCCUCCUUGUGCUGAAUCUUCUCAGCUUCUUGAAUCAAGUAUGGCUGAAACCAAUCAUGAUUCAGUCUUCAAUGCGUUCCCAAGGAAUCAAAGGCCCUCCUUACAGAUCCCUGCAUGGGAACACCAGAGAGAUCAAUCACAUGAGAAGUGAAGCUGUUGGUACUCCGAUGGAGCUGCUUUCUCAUGAUCUGCUCCCCAGACUCAUGCCUCAUGUCUAUUCAUGGACCAAGAUUUAUGGGAUGAACUUUCUGAACUGGUAUGGAACAAAGCCACAACUGGUUGUUACUGAUCCUGAGUUGGUGAAAGAGGUGCUGAGUAAUAAAGAAGGAGCAUUUCCAAAGAAGUUCAUCCAGAGUUAUGCUGACAAGUUGCUUGGGAAUGGGCUGUUUGCAUCACAGGGAGAGAAAUGGGUCAAGAUGAGGAAACUUGCUAACCAAGCUUUCCAUGGCGACUCCUUGAAGGCAAUGAUUCCUGCAAUGGUAGCUAGUGUGGAGGCAAUGCUUCAUAGAUGGAGAGAUGCGAAAGAGAUUGAUGCAUAUCGAGAAUUCAAGGUUUUGACAUCAGAAGUGAUUUCCAGGACAGCUUUUGGGAGUAGUUAUGUGGAAGGCAAGAACGUUUUCGAUAUGCUGAUGAAGCUUGGUCUCAUUGUCAACAGGAACAACUUCAAAGUUAGCAGCAUUCCAUGGUUGAAGAAGCUCUGGAGAACAAGUGAUGACAUUGAAUCAGACAAACUGCAGCAAGCAAUUAGGGAAGCAAUCAUAAAUCUGAUUAGGAAAAGAGAGGGAAGGGAUAGUGAUUACUAUGGAAGUGACUUCCUUGGAUCCCUUCUCAAUGCUUUUCAUGACAGUGACUUGUCCAGGAAGGUAACCAUUGACGAUGUGAUUGACGAGUGCAAGUCAUUCUACGUUGGUGGCCAUGAAACCAUCACAAGUUCCCUCACUUGGACAGUUUUCCUGCUAGCAAUUCAUACAGACUGGCAAGACAAGGCAAGAAAAGAAGUUAUAGAAUUACUUGACCAAAAAAAUCCACCCACACUUGACGGUGUCUCUAGAUUGAAGAUUAUGACUAUGGUUGUUAAUGAAUCACUGAGACUAUACCCACCAGCUUUCAACCUCACAAGGGAAGUUGAGAGAGAGACCAAGUUGGGGAGCUAUAUACUUCCUGCAAAGUUAGCAUUGAGUCUUCCCGUCAUAGCAAUUCACCAUAACCCUUUACUAUGGGGAGAAGAUUGCCAUCUUUUCAAGCCAGAGAGGUUUGCUGUUGCUGAUGGUGUGGCCAAGGCCUUCUUGCCAUUUGGGUUCGGGCCACGAACUUGUGUGGGAUCGAGCUUUGCAGCUGCAGAGAUUAAGAUUGCGCUCUCGAUGAUUCUCCGACGAUACAGAUUGAGUUUGUCACCUUCGUAUGUUCAUGCACCAUUCCAUAUGCUCACUAUCUGCCCUAAACAUGGACUCCAAAUCCUUCUCCACCCGCUCUAACACAGCCAUGGAGAAAGAAAAGUAGGUAAAUCUUUAAAGUUAUUUUAAGUUAUAAGAUCGACCCAGAAAAGAUCAAUCUUGUUCUCAAAACAAUAUACAUCAAUAUGUCUUUAUUUAUUUAUUUAUUUAUUUUUUUUUUUGCCUCACUUGCAGCAGAUUUGUCAACAGAAGCCCCUGCAAUUUUUUGGGUUCAAUUUAACUUCUUGUUUGUGAAGCCUUGUCAAUCCUUUAUCUACUAAGUUGGAAAAAAAGGGUUUGGUUAAUUUUGUGAUGGACCAGUGAGUUAAGAGUAGUGUGGGAAGCUAGACCAGCACACAUGGUAGUGUGAACCUUUUUUGGUGAUUACCCCCAUUCACAAAGAACGAUGCUAUGAAGAAAUCAAAAUGAAUGGUUAGAAGUGUG